AUGGAAGACGACAUUGCUGUCGUUGGCAUCGGCCUACGAUUUCCUGGUGAUGCCUCAUCUCCCGAGGAACUGUGGAAAGUCCUGGAACGAGGAGAAUCUCAGUGGAGUGAAUUCCCUAAGGAUCGCCUAAAUAUUGACGGCUAUUACCACCCAGGUGGCGACCGCCAAGGAAGUAUAUCCUUCCGCGGUGCCCACUUCAUCAAGGGUGAUUUCGCUGCUUUCGACGCCUCUUUCUUCUCUGUUGCGGCGGAAGAUGCCAAAGCUAUCGACCCUCAGCAAAGAAUCCUCCUUGAAGCCUCAUAUGAGGCACUUGAGAAUGCUGGUAUCCGAAAAGAGGACGUUGACGGUAGCGAUGCUGCAGUCUAUGUUGGCUCUUUCGUCAAAGACUACGAACAGGUAUGCCUUCGAGAUCCGGACUGGCAGCCUCAAUAUGCUGCUACUGGAAACGGCAUUGCAAUUAUGGCGAACCGUAUCUCGUACUUUUUCAAUUUGCACGGGCCUAGCAUGACAAUUGAUACUGGCUGCAGUGGCAGUCUUGUGUCUGUACAUCUCGCAGCGCAAAGUCUCCGAACAAAGGAAUCAUCACUGGCAAUUGCCGCUGGUGCAGGUAUGAUUCUUACUCCAAACACCAUGAUGCCAAUGACAGCUCUCAACUUCUUGAGCCCUGAUGGCAAGUGCUUUACUUUCGAUUCCAGAGCCAACGGAUACGGAAGAGGUGAAGGUAUCGGUGUCGUAGUCAUGAAGCGCCUAUCUGAUGCGAUCCGCGACAACGACACCAUUCGUGCAGUCAUUCGAGCCACAAAGGUCAACCAAGAUGGCCAUACAACUGGAAUUACCCUGCCAAGUAAGGAAGCACAAGUCGCAAACAUCAAUUCCGUCUACGAAUCUGCAGGUCUUGACUUCAGUCAAACUGCCUAUGUCGAGUGCCACGGCACUGGAACCAAAGCUGGAGACUGGCGAGAGCUCAAAGCAAUAUCUGAAUCGCUCGGCUCUGUUCGAGACCAUGACAACCCCAUCAUUGUUGGAUCGCUCAAACCAAACAUCGGUCAUCUGGAAGGUGCUGCCGGUGUAGCUGGUCUCAUCAAGGGCGUUCUUACGUUAGAAAAUGCCAAAAUCCCACCCAACAUCAACUUUGAGAGAGCCAAUCCUGAUAUCGAUUUCGAGAACUGGAAAGUCAAGGUACCAACCAAAAUACUCGACUGGCCUCUUCCAGGUCUGCGUCGUGUCAGUGUCAACUGUUUCGGUUUCGGGGGCACAAACGCCCAUGUUAUCAUGGAUGAAGCUCCUCGAUACCUAUCGGCUCGUGGAUUAAAGGGUCAUCACAACUCUUUCGAGCCUUUAGGCUCUGCUCUAUCAACGCCUCAUUGCAACACAGGCCCCAAGCCGCGACUUUUCCUCUAUUCCGCGCAUGAGAGGUCAGGUGUCCAGCGUGUCAUAGAAUCCCACUUGCCUUACUUGAAGUCAAAGUCAGGAGCAGAUGACUCCUUUCUUCGGGACUACGCCUACACCCUUGGUUGUCGCCGAUCCAGCCUGGAGUGGAAACACGCCGUCGUGGCUGAGUCUCUACAAGACCUUAUCAGCAAGCUUCAGAACAUCAAUGAUUCUAGCUUUAAGCGGACUUCCAAAAACAAACAGCCGAAAGUCUGCUUUCUUUUCUCUGGCCAAGGCGCACAAUAUGCACAAAUGGGUAAAGAACUCAUGGGUUUUGAGGUUUUCCGCACCACCUUGGAAUCUGCUUCUCGCUAUAUGAAAGACGCUCUCGGAAGUCAAUUCGACUUGCUCGAGGAGAUAUUUCAUGACCAAGCUCGGACUCGCAUAUCUGACGCUAGAAUCGCCCAACCUGCCACCACUGCUGUUCAAAUGGCCUUGGUAGAUCUCUUGGGUUCGUUCAACAUCACACCCAACUACGUUGUCGGACACUCCUCUGGUGAAAUUGCAGCAGCCUACGCGUCGGGAGCCCUUACUAAAGAGUCAGCUUGGGAGGUUGCAUACUACCGUGGUGUGGCCGCCUCCUCUCUUGCUUUCAAACAACCCCCACUCCAGGGUUCCAUGAUGGCGGUUGGGCUAUCGAUCAUUGAUAUUAAGGGGAGCUUCGAUGAUAAGAAAUACCCAUGCCAAGUAGCUUGUAUUAACAGUCCUCGAUCUGUGACACUAUCGGGGAGAAAGGAGAACAUCGAGGGCGCAUGCAAAGAACUCACUGCAAAGGGUAUUUUCUGCCGCAUCCUUCCAGUUCAGGUUGCUUAUCAUUCCCAAGACAUGCUAUUGGUCGAGAAUGAGUACAAGUCUGCCCUGGGACUUGUGAAGCCACGCGAGCAUCGCGAGUCUACUACUAUGCUCUCAACAGUCAGUGGGGAGUAUAUCGAUGGAAGAAAACUGGACAAGCUAUACUGGGCAUCAAAUCUUACCCAGCCAGUCUUAUUCAUGUCUGCCAUAAGCCACCUGCUUAGCCUGUCUCCUGAGGACUCCCCCAACAUAUUUGUUGAGUUGAGUCCUACAUCGACAUUGCGUUCCCCAGUUUUUGAUAUCAUUAAUCUGACCAAGAGCAACAACCAACCGUCGUUUCAUUCAGCCCUCAGCCAUAAAAAUCGUGAUCCAACCUUUCUCAUGGAGACUUUGGGCGGCCUUUGGACGGGCGGCUAUAAACUCGACAUGAACAAGGUCAUUUCUCACGGUUCCUGCGAAGGUUCCUCGAAGUGUUUGGCCGAUAUUCCUCCUUACCCAUGGAAUCAUGCCAAAUCCUACUGGCACGAAUCCCAUCUUGGUGAAACAAAUCGAUUUAGAGAGUUUCCCCGACAAGACCUCAUCGGUGCUCCCACGGCCGACGCCAUCUCCUUUGAACCUCGCUGGCGUGGCUUUCUCCGCAUUUCAGAAAACCCGUGGAUUCAGGAUCAUCAAGUGCAAAAGACGAUCAUCUACCCAGCAGCUGGAAUGGUCACCAUGGCCCUACAAGGUGCAAGCCAACUGACCAAGGAGACGGAAAAUCUCCUUGGGUUUGAGAUCACCAAUAUGCGAAUUGAAAAAGCGAUGAUUGUGCCGAACACUACGCAUGGACUGGAAAUGGCCAUGAAUUUCAAGCGUCUCUCAACCUCCAGUGACCAAAACCAGGAUCCCUCUUUCGAGUUUUGUAUCUACUCUAAGCAGCUUAACUCCCCCUGGGAGCAGAAUGCAUCUGGUAGUAUCGAGGUACGGUAUAAGCGGCGGCACUGGAGAGCCGCCUUCCAUCAGCACCACAAGAAGUUUGAGUCGCUCAAGACUACCUGCAAGGAGGUGGUCGUUCCCAGGCAGCUUUAUGAGCUCCUCGAUAUUGUUGGCAUGAACUACGGCCCUACGUUUCAGAACCUCACGCAAAUACUGAAGGGAAAUGGCGCAUGCCUCGCCAAAGUUCGCAUUCCUGACACCCGGUCGAAGAUGCCCGCCAAGUUUGAGUAUGAACAUCUCAUUCACCCCGCGACCUUGGAUUCGAUGUUUCAAACACCCUUCGCUGUUUCGUCUGAACCUAUGGUACCGGCAUUUAUCAAGAGCAUAUUUGUCUCAGCAGCAAUCUCUCGCGACCUUGGCAAACACUUUAAGGGUUACUCUACUGCUACUCGAACGGGUGUCCGUGAUGCAAAUGCAGACAUUGCCAUGACACAGUCAUGUUGGGAUCAGCCUUCAGUAAUCAUCAGCGGGCUCCACUUCACUAGUAUCGCCAAUUCACCUCAAGAAGCAGGGGGCUUUCUUCCAAACAACCGCACUUUAUGUACUCAGAUCUCGUGGAAACAAGACAUCACGUGUGCACGAGCUCCGACUGUCGAGAUACUUGCCACGACGCUUGCCCACAAGUUUCCAGGUCUGUCUAUCCUUCAGGUUGGCGGCAGUGAACACACUGCCCUGAAGAUACUAUGUGCGCUUGCUUGUCCUCAAGAGAAAACGCCUUGGUUCUCACGGUACACGUUAGGACACACCGCCGGGAACAAGCCUUUGCAAACCCCGUCUCUGAUUGAGGGAACACACUACAAACAUUUUGUCGAAAACCGAGCUGUUGAUGGCUCCGAACCUCUGCCUAACUAUGACCUGAUCAUUGUUUGUGAUCAAAAUGAUGUCGAUAUCGCCAGGCUCCUGAAACACGUAAAACGACCUGGUUUUUUACUGGAAAGCCUGCGACCUGGCAAUUUCGACUCUGCUGAUAAAGAAACAAUUGGUCAUAGCUAUCUUGAUGACACUGGCGAGAUCGUAAACAUGGAGUUCGGCGUUCAUCACCGAGAUCCGGUCCACGAUUGGCUUUCUGUACCGGGUGUGAUUGUCCUACUUCCCAACGAAUAUCCUUCUGAGGCACGAUCUUUCGCUGGGAAGCUGAUUCUAGAGUGUUAUACCACUUUGCAAAUCCAGAUUAUGCAUUUGGCUGAAGUAUCGAGUCAGCCGGACAAGCUCAAGGGCAAGAUUGUCAUCUCGCUCCUCGACUUUGCGACCAACAAUACAGGCGCUUAUGUCUACAACUGGACCGAGGCAGAGUUCAAAGCUUUCCACACUAUGCAGAAGCUGUCCAAAAGCAUCCUCUGGAUCUCGCGAGGUGCCCACAUGGAACCUAUGAACCCUAAGGGCGCUCCUAUCAUUGCCCUUGCGCGCACCCUCAACUCAGAGGAUCCUUUGAAAAUGUUUGUGACAUUCGACUUGAGCAUAAACACGUCAUUAGGCUCUCCUUCGACCAUCAAAUCUGUCAAUAGGAUCUUUUUGCAAAGUUUUGUAUGGGCUGCUGGUUCCGGUCCUCGCGAGUUGGAGUUCGCUGAGAAGAAUGGAGAGGUCUUUGUGCCUCGCCUUAUUCCCAUUGAGCCACUCAAUAACAUUGUCGAGAAAGGCGUAACGAACGAUGUUGCUCUGGUGUCGUUCCAUGGGUACCCGCAAAAUUUGAAGCUUCAAGUUGUUCAGCCUGGUCUGGUCGAGAACAGCCUGGUUUUUUCUGCUGGAACUCAAUUCGCUCCCUUACCUGGUGAGGUCGAGGUUAUUUUUGAAAAUGCACCUCUUAACUGUCUUGACUUGGAGACUGUCAUGGGAAGGAGCCUGGAUUCUGAAUUUGGCACUGAGAUUCGUGGCAGUGUUAGACGCAUUGGCCGUAAUGUCUCUGGGUUUAUGACUGGUGAUCGUGUCAGCGGCCUUGUCGCUGGUGGCUCUAUCCGGAGCAAUGCCAACAUUGACAGCCGGUUUGUCUCAAAAUGGUCCUCUAACCUUCCUCUCAGCCAUUGUGUUAGUGCAUACCACUGUCUUGUCAACGUUGGAAGGCUUGGGCGUGGGAAAUCAGUACUCAUUCAUGCUGGAGCCAGCACUUUUGGUCUUGCAGCUCUUGGCUUGGCGUCUCGAUUGUCUGCCGACAUAUUUGUGACCGUCAUGGGGCAGGAUGCUGGUAGCCAACGCGAGUUCCUUCUUGGCGUUGGUAUGAAGAACACUCGCAUUCUUAAUGCUGAUACCGAUAAUUUUUCUGUGAUUCUUCGCGAUCGUUUGGAAAAAGGUGUUGAUGUUGUAUACAAUCCUACACAGAAGCACCUUGAGACGAACCUCAAGUGCGUGCGCCAUGGUGGUAUUAUUGUACAAUUCGCCAGCAAGUCCCCGUAUCCUCCGUCUACUCAACUUGGAUCCGCAACUAUUUCGAUCAUCAACUUCGACUUGGCCACGCUGAUGAAGCACGAUGCCGACUACGUGGCAGAGCUAAUUGAGAGCGUCACCGAACACGAAGAAUACCUGGAAAAACAGCUGGCCAUGAAAGGCCCUAUCAUCCAAACGGUAGAGCUCUCCAACAUUACCGAGGCGUUCAAGAUCAUUGAAAAGAGUCCAUUGUUUGGGCUUGUAUCUGUCACUGCGACUCCUCAAGCAAACCCUACGGUCGAGAUCCAAUCUAAGAGUCGGGCCAAGUCACUCCACCGGUCCCUGUCUCGUACUCACACUUACGUUUUUGCUGGUGGUCUCGGUGGUCUUGGCCGCAGUAUCUGCGACCUACUUGUCAGGAACGGAGUUCGAAAUGUUGCUUUCAUAUCACGAUCUGGUGCAUCAUCGAAGUCUGCCCAGACAUUCCUAGAAACCCUCAAGAAAAUGGGCGUCAACGCUCGAGUUUUUAAGAUCGAUAUCUGCAACAUUGACAGUCUUUCUCGGGUCAUCAAAGAGCAAAUCUGUGAAGAAAUGCCACCCAUCAAAGCUGUUUUCCAAUGUGCCGCCGUCGUCAAAGACUCGAUCUUUGCAAACAUGUCAUACUCUGACUGGAUGGAGGCAGUCAAGCCAAAGACUGUUGGUUCGGAUAAUCUUGUGCAGGUUGUUUCGGACAAUUAUCAUGACCCGUUCUUCAUCUUCCUCGCCAGCUCUGCUGGGGUUAUCGGCAAUCGUGGCCAGGCAAACUACGCAGCUGGUAACUGCUUCGAAGAUGCCCUUGCGCAGAAACACUGCCUCCAAGGCAAGCAUGCGACUUCCAUAGAUCUUGGACCUGUGCUCGGUGCCGGCAUGCUCGCUGAAGACACCGAGAUCCUUGACAUCCUGAGAGCCAGUGGGUUCUAUGGUAUCCGACAUGAGGACUUCCUCACCAUGAUUACGUGCGCCAUCACGGGAGAGAUUACACCUUAUACCUGCAUGCCCAACCGAAUCAUAAUGGGUAUAGGUUCUGGUGGGCUGAUCAGGCAAAACCAACCAGCUGAUCCGUACUGGUCUCGUACUGCUCUUUAUGGUUACCUCAAUUUGGUUGACAUGCCGGCCCCUGAUCUGGCUGUUGUCGAUGGUACCAGUAAAUUCGAUUUGAAAUCUCUCCUGGCAUGCUGUACUACCAUGAACGCAGCUGCCGAGAUCAUCACUACCGGUCUUUCGCACAUGCUUGCUAAAGCUAUGAACAUGCUACCUGAGGAGAUUGACACUGCCAAACCGCCCCAUGUCUACGGAGUCGAUUCUUUGGUCGCUGUCGGGGUUCGAAACUGGGUUGUCACUAAUUGUAGUGUUGAAAUCUCCGUAUUCCAAGUUUUGAGCGACAAGACUGUUGCAGAGUUGGCUAUGGAGAUCGCCUCCACAGGAGGUUUUGGAGUCGAGGGCAAUUGA